AGUCAUCAUCAUCAGUCAGCUUGCAAAUCUCAUUCGUAUUGGAAUUGCGUAUUAUUAUUAUUGGCUAAUUAUUACAUUCAUAAAUAAGCGCUAGCCAGCCAACAAUUAAUUAAUUGCAAAAAUGUCCUACGCUUACUUGUUCAAAUAUAUCAUCAUUGGCGACACUGGUGUUGGCAAAUCAUGUCUGCUGCUGCAGUUCACGGACAAGCGCUUCCAGCCGGUGCACGAUCUAACAAUUGGCGUCGAAUUUGGUGCACGCAUGAUUACCAUUGAUGGCAAACAAAUCAAACUGCAGAUCUGGGAUACAGCUGGCCAGGAAGCCUUCAGAUCAAUUACACGCUCAUAUUAUCGUGGCGCUGCCGGCGCUCUGCUUGUCUAUGACAUCACAAGGCGAGAGACCUUCAAUCAUCUCACCACAUGGCUGGAGGAUGCACGUCAGCACUCGAACUCAAACAUGGUGAUUAUGCUCAUUGGCAACAAGAGCGAUUUGGACUCGCGACGUGAGGUGAAAAAGGAGGAGGGCGAAGCAUUUGCACGCGAGCAUGGUCUCGUCUUUAUGGAGACUUCGGCACGCACAGCCGCCAAUGUGGAGGAGGCUUUCAUAAAUACAGCCAAAGAGAUAUACGAAAAGAUACAGGAGGGUGUCUUUGACAUCAACAAUGAGGCAAACGGCAUCAAAAUUGGCCAACAGGCAACGCCCACAAAUCCAGCUUUGCCCGGAUCCGGCGGUGCGGGUGGUGCAGCUAAUAGUGGUUGUUGCUAGGAUUAGAGAGACGGAGAGACGAUGUACGAACAAAACAACCAUUGCCGAUGCCAGCACUUGGGGAUAGCUAUAGCUCAUAGCCGAUAACCGACAGCCGACAGCCAAUAGCCUAUAGCCGAUAGCUGAUAGCCGCUUCUGUGAAAAGCUGCUAGUGACUAACUCUUAGAUGGUAGUGGAAGCUGAUCUUUUGUUUAACUUUUCUCUCUCAUUUCAAGCAAAAAUAUAAUCGUAAUAAAUUUAGCUACAAAUAUUAGCAAACCCAAAUUAGUGAAAACAUUUCAACACUAAGCAUAAUGUUAAAGUACAGAAACUAAACACGAAAAAAAAAAACAAAACAGAAUGAAACCAAACAAUUACAUACGUAUGUGUAACUAAUUAAUUAUUCACAGUAUACAAAAUAACAAUAGAAAUCCAAUUACAAUUUUAAAUAAACCUUAAAGUAAACAAAAACAAAAGAAUCCAACAUUGUAUAUGUGAAAUGUGUCGUGCGUGAUUUCUAAAUUUUGUAAACUUAAAAACGAGAAAAUGCAAAAAAAAAACAUACGUAUAAAAUAAUAUUUUUGUGUACAUUUAGUUAGUUUGCUAGUUACCAUUGUGUAAGGCAAGAUUAUACACACUGGACGAUAAGCGAUGAUGGCGUGUAAUAUAUACAUAAACAUACAUAUAUACAAUACAUAUAUUUAAAUAUACUACGUGAUUUAUUUCUCAUUGUGAUUCGUUGAUUUUUUCGAUGAAUCUACUAUUACUCCUUUCAUCUCCCCCACUCGUUGUGGCUGUUAAUCUUUUUUUACAGCAAUGUAUUUUCAUUUUUUUUUAAUGUGACGCAUUUGCUUUGCUUUGUUUUUUGUUUGUUUAGUUUUGCAUAACACACGCAUAACGAUACAAACGUGCAUAAAUGAAAUAAACUAUUUUAUAAGUUUAAAUAUUUAAAUAUAUACAAGAAAUAAAGAAAGAAAUCAAGGUGAUAAUGCUAAAUCAAUUCGAUUAUGUCGCCAACAUUUACGAAGUUUAUAUAAAUCUUAAAGUAAAACCGAAACAAACGCGAAGAGGAAUAAACCAAGAAAUAAAAUCAAAUUAUUUAUAAACAUUUGUAUUUGCCAGACCCAAUGCAGUAUAAUAAAAUAAUAAUAUACACAAUAAAUAUUACAAAAU